AUGCUAAAACUUUUAUUAGCCACAUUCAUGUUAAUCCCUACGACCCCCCUGCUCCCAAAUAAAAUUACUUGACUAACUCCAACAACCUACUCAAUUAUCGUAACAGCCCUGGCCCUACUGGUCCUCAACCCCUCAGACAUCUUUAUAAACACCAGCGGCCCAGCCCUAGGCAGCGACCAACUCUCAACCCCCCUAAUAAUUCUAUCCUGCUGACUUCUUCCCUUAAUACUUAUAGCCAGCCAAAACUCCAUACUUAAAACCCCUGCCCCCCAAAACCACACAUUUAUUACAAUUCUUGCAAUACUUCAAUUCACCCUACUCAUAACCUUUAUAGCCCUAGACCUCAUAUUAUUUUACAUUUCCUUUGAAGCCACCUUAAUCCCCACCCUCAUCAUUAUCUCACGGUGAGGAGCCCAAGCAGAUCGCCUAAACGCAGGCAUUUACUUCCUGUUUUAUACCAUUACUAGCUCAAUUCCACUAAUAAUUGGCAUUCUAAUAAUUUACAACCUAAAAGGCACCCUAUCCAUCCUCACCCUACAACUAACCCCAAUAACAGGCCUCAUCUCCUGAACAGACACCCUACUAUGACUAUCAAUUCUACUAGCUUUCCUAGUAAAAAUCCCCCUCUAUGGUUUACAUCUAUGACUCCCCAAGGCUCAUGUAGAAGCUCCCAUUGCAGGCUCUAUAGUCCUCGCUGCAGUGCUUCUUAAACUAGGCGGUUAUGGCCUACUACGAGUAGUAAUUUUACUCACUGAGCAAAUCAACACAAUCUACCCCCCAAUUUUAGGCCUAGCGCUCUGGGGGGCACUUAUGACAAGCCUCAUCUGCUUGCGACAAACGGACCUAAAAUCCCUAAUCGCUUACUCAUCGGUUAGCCAUAUGGCCUUAGUAACAGCUGCAAUUCUCACCCGAAACCAACUAACCCCGAUAGGGUCAAUAAUCCUAAUGAUUGCCCAUGGACUAACAUCUUCUAUAUUAUUCUGUUUAGCAAACUUCAGCUAUGAACGCACCCACACCCGCACACUUCUCGCAAUACAAGGAAUACAACUUACCACACCUACUUUAACAUCAUGGUGAUUUCUAGCUAGCAUAAUAAAUAUAGCCCUGCCCCCAACAAUUAACUUUGUAGGUGAACUAGCUCUCAUUACCUCACUUUUUAACUGAUCAGAGACGACACUACUAUUAACAGGGCUCAACUCUACCAUUACUGCAAUCUACACGCUCUACAUAUUCUCGUCAACCCAACAAGGAACACUACCAAUCCACACCCUCAUCCUCUCACCCACCCAAACCCGCGAACACCUCUUAAUACUAUUACACACACUACCAUCAAUUAUCCUCAUCACAAACCCACGACUUAUUUACCAUGACUAA